AUGGAGGCCAUGGAGGAGCUGUCGCAGCUCUCCGAGUCGAUAUGCCAGGCGGCCUCGCUCCUCGCCGACGACGGCCCCUCCGACGACUCCGCGCCAAGGCGCCCGUCCAACUUCCUCAACACCGUCGUCCUCGGCAACGUCGUAACUGUCCACGGGGUUCUACUCGAGCUCGUGCCCAGGCGCGCCGGGCGCAGUCGCGUGGGUGGUGCAGUCGGCCGUGGCGAACGAGCCGCGCAUGGGCGCAUCCAUCCUCCGCCUCUUCUUCCACGACUGCUUCGUCCAGGGCUGCGACGGGUCGCUGCUCCUGGACGACACUGCGAGCUUCCAGGGGGAGAAGAUGGCGACGGCCAACAACGGGUCGUUUGUGAGAAAGUUGAAGCCAAAGGAAGAACAACAUACAAUGAGGUUGCGGAUGAAAUUUAUUCAGAGCUGAAAUCCAUGGCACAUAUUGGUCAAGGGUUUGAUGAGAAGAAUAUUAGGCAGAGAGUGUAUGAUGCUUUCAACGUUCUCAUUGCACUUCGUGUUAUUGCAAAAGAAAAAAAGGAGAUACGGUGGAUGGGCCUUUCAAAUUACAGAUAUGAAAAGCUAAAGAAGUUGGAGGAAGUUCGCAAAGAACUCGUCAACAAGAUUAGGCACAAGAAGGCACUCCUCCAGGAAAUCAAAAAACAGGUAAGUUGUUUACACUAUGCAACACUUUUCUUUGGUUUUGUUGCCUCCUACUAUUAUAUAUACCGCUGUAUUUGAUAUCUCCUGAUGAUUC